AUGGGACGGGUAAGUGAGCCUUCAGCACUCUCUCAUCUGGUCCCUGCACCCUGCCUCCCAAGGACUCCAGGAGCCUUUCGGGGGAAAUCUGGACACAACUUUGCACCUCUGAGGGACAGAAGGGGGCUCUGGAAAAGGGGGAGCUCUGAAGAAAGUUUAUCUUGGCUUCUCUUCCAGAAAACACCAGAAAUUUACUCCGUGGAACUCAAUGGUGCUAAAGACAUAGAGAAAUCAGACAAUGAGGGAGGCAAGGAGAGAUACAGGGGUUUGAAAAACUGCCUCGAACUCAGGAAGCAUCACCAGAAAGAAGAGAACAAGAAAGAGCUUGAUCUGGAUGACCACAGACUCAGCAAUAAGGAAUUGGAAACAAAAUACAGUACAAAUAUUACUACGGGUCUCUCAAGCACCAAAGCUGCUGAGCGCCUGGCUCAGGAUGGGCCCAAUGCCCUCACCCCUCCCAAGGAGACCCCAGAAAUCAUCAAGUUCCUGAAGCAAAUGGUGGGGGGCUUCUCUAUCCUUUUGUGGAUAGGAGCUAUCCUGUGUUGGAUUGCAUAUGGGAUUCAAUACGCCAAUGAUAAGUCUGCAUCCCUGGACAAUGUCUACCUGGGCUCAGUUCUGGCAUUAGUGGUUCUUCUUACUGGGAUAUUUGCUUACUAUCAAGAGGCAAAAAGCACCAAUAUCAUGGCCAGUUUCAGCAAAAUGAUUCCACAGCAAGCUCUUGUCAUUCGAGACUCAGAAAAGAAGACCAUCCCAGCAGAGCAGCUGGUGGUGGGAGACAUUGUGGAGGUCAAAGGAGGGGACCGUAUCCCAGCUGACAUCAGACUCCUGUCUGCUCAAGGGUGUAAGGUAGAUAACUCAUCUCUCACUGGGGAAUCUGAGCCCCAGUCCCGCUCCUGUGAGUUCACUCAUGACAGCCCCCUGGAAUCCAAGAAUAUUGGCUUCUAUUCCACCACCUGUCUGGAAGGCACUGCAACAGGCAUGGUCAUCAAAACAGGUGACCGUACCAUCAUUGGGCAGAUUGCCUCCCUUGCUUCAGGAGUGGGAAAUGAGAAGACCCCCAUUGCCAUUGAGAUUGAGCACUUUGUUCAUAUGGUGGCAGGAGUUGCCAUCUCCAUUGGCUUCCUCUUCUUCAUCAUCGCAGUAUCAAUGAAGUAUCGGGUUUUGGACUCCAUCAUCUUUCUCAUUGGUAUCAUUGUGGCCAAUGUGCCUGAGGGUCUCCUGGCCACUGUCACUGUGACUCUCUCUCUGACAGCCAAACGAAUGGCCAAGAAGAAUUGUCUUGUGAAGAAUCUGGAGGCAGUAGAGACUCUGGGUUCCACCUCUGUCAUUUGCUCAGAUAAGACCGGUACUCUGACCCAGAACAGGAUGACUGUGGCCCAUCUUUGGUUUGACCAUCAGAUAUUUGUGGCUGACACCAGUGAAGAUCAUUCCAAUCAAGUUUUUGAUCAAAGCUCCAGAACCUGGGCCUCCUUAUCAAAGAUCAUAACAUUGUGUAACCGAGCUGAGUUCAAGCCAGGACAAGAAAGUGUCCCCAUCAUGAAGAAAACUGUGGUUGGAGAUGCCUCUGAAACGGCUCUUUUGAAAUUCUCAGAAGUCAUUUUGGGUGAUGUGAUGGAAAUAAGAAAAAGAAAUAGAAAAGUAGCUGAAAUUCCGUUUAACUCAACCAACAAAUUUCAGCUCUCUAUCCAUGAAACAGAUGACCCCAAUGACCGGCGCUUUCUCCUGGUGAUGAAAGGGGCACCUGAGCGGAUCUUAGAGAAAUGCAGCACCAUCAUGGUCAAUGGCAAGGAGCAGCCUCUGGACCAGAGCACUGCUGAGGCCUUCCACACUGCCUACAUGGAAUUAGGGGGCAUGGGGGAGCGUGUGCUUGGAUUUUGUCAUCUCUACCUACCACUUGAUGAGUUUCCAGAAACCUAUUCAUUUGAUGUAGACACCAUGAACUUUCCAACUUCCAACCUGUGUUUUGUGGGACUCUUGUCAAUGAUUGACCCUCCACGAUCCACUGUCCCUGAUGCAGUCACCAAGUGCCGAAGUGCAGGGAUCAAGGUUAUUAUGGUUACAGGUGAUCAUCCAAUCACAGCCAAAGCCAUUGCCAAGAGUGUAGGCAUCAUUUCAGCCAACAGUGAGACAGUGGAAGACAUUGCAAAACGCCUCAACAUUGCUGUGGAGCAAGUAAACAAGCGAGAUGCCAAAGCUGCUGUGGUAACUGGAACUGAGUUGAAGGACAUGAGCCCAGAGCAACUGGAUGAACUCCUAACUAACUACUCAGAGAUUGUUUUUGCCAGGACAUCCCCCCAGCAGAAGCUGAUCAUUGUGGAGGGCUGUCAGAGGCAGGAUUCGGUUGUUGCAGUGACAGGUGACGGAGUGAAUGAUUCCCCAGCUCUGAAGAAGGCAGACAUAGGAAUUGCCAUGGGGAUAGCAGGUUCAGAUGCUGCCAAAAAUGCAGCUGACAUGGUCUUGCUGGAUGACAACUUUGCGUCCAUAGUCACAGGGGUGGAAGAAGGUCGCCUGAUCUUUGACAACUUAAAGAAGACUAUUGCUUACACACUGACCAAGAAUAUUGCUGAGCUGUGUCCCUUCCUUAUCUACAUCACAGCUGGGCUGCCCCUGCCCAUUGGCACCAUCACCAUCCUUUUCAUUGAUCUAGGCACAGAUAUUAUUCCCUCCAUUGCGUUGGCUUACGAGAAAGCAGAAAGUGACAUCAUGAACAGGAAGCCUCGUCACAAGAAGAGGGACAGACUUGUUAAUAAGCCACUUGCCAUUUACUCUUACCUACACAUAGGUCUCAUGCAAGCCCUGGGAGCCUUUGUAGUAUAUUUCACUGUCUACGCACAGGAAGGCUUCUGGCCCAGUUCCCUCCUUCACUUGCGGGUAGAGUGGGAGAAGGACCAUGUGAAUGAUUUGGAAGACAGCUAUGGACAAGAAUGGACAAGGUACCAAAGGAAAUACCUAGAAUGGACAGGUUACACUGCUUUCUUUGUUGGCAUCAUGAUUCAGCAAAUAGCCGAUCUGAUCAUCAGAAAAACUCGGAGAAAUUCCAUCUUCCAGCAGGGCCUCUUCAGAAAUAAAGUCAUCUGGGUAGGGAUUGCCUCUCAAAUCAUCAUUGCCUUGAUCCUAUCCUAUGGCCUGGGAAGCAUCAAUGCCCUCAAUUUCACCAUGCUCAGGCCUCAGUACUGGUUUGUGGCUGUGCCACAUGCCACCCUGAUUUGGGUGUAUGAUGAAGUGCGAAAACUUUUCAUUAGACUCUACCCAGGAAGCUGGUGGGACAAGAAUAUGUAUUAUUAA